AUGACUGUCACCAACGGCAACAGCAACGGCAUCAGCAGCACCAAUGGCACCAGGACCGCCAGGCGGUCGCUGCCCUGCGGUAUCUAUGCUCCCACCAUGACCUUCUUCCGCCCAGAGACCGAGGACCUCGACAUCCCGACCAUCAAGAGGCACGCCGUGCGGUUAGUCAAAGACGGCCUGGCCGGCCUCGUCACCAUGGGGUCCAACGGCGAAGCCAUCCACUGCACCCGCGAGGAGAAGCUUGCGGUGACCCAGGCAACCAGGGAGGCCCUGGACGCGGCCGGCUUCACCGAGACGCCCGUCGUCGUCGGCGCCACCGAGGGCAGCGUCAGGGGCACGGUCGAGCUGUGCCGGCUCGCCCUGAAGGCGGGCGGCGACUACGUGCUGCUGCUGCCGCCGUCGUACUUCCGCGCCCUGAUGGACGAGCAGGCCGUCUACGACUACUUCACGGGCGUGGCCGACGAGAGCCCGCUGCCGCUGAUCCUGUACAACUACCCGGGGGCCGUGGCCGGCAUCGACAUGGACUCGGACCUGCUGAUCCGGCUGGCGGCCCACCCCAACAUCGCGGGCACCAAGUUCACAUGCGGCAACACGGGCAAGCUGACGCGCGUCGCGCUGGCCACGGACGCCAAGACGCCCUCCGCCGAGGGGUCCGGCUACAUGGCGUUCGGCGGCGUGUGCGACUUCACGGUGCAGACGCUCGCCAGCGGCGGCAGCGGCAUCAUCGCGGGCGGCGCCAACGUCAUGCCCAAGCUGUGCGUGCGUGUGUGGGACCUGUACGCCGCCGGCAAGCGCGACGAGGCCAUCGCUCUGCAGAAGAUCCUGUCCAAGGGCGACUGGGUCCUGACCAAGUCCGCCAUCGCCGGCACCAAGCAGGCCAUCCAGAGCUACUUUGGCUACGGCGGCUACCCGCGCCGCCCACUCAAGCCCCUCGACAAGGCCCGCGUCGCCGCCAUCGAGGACGGCAUCCGCGAGGUCAUGGAGUUGGAGAGGUCUCUCUAG